AUGCCUCCCCAGGGAAACGCCGUUCCGCAAGCCAGCCGGCUGAUGGACCUGUUCAGCCUCAAGGGCAAGGUCGUCGUCGUCACGGGCGCCUCGGGCCCCAGGGGCAUGGGCAUUGAAGCUGCCCGGGGGUGCGCUGAGAUGGGCGCCGACCUGGCCAUCACCUACUCGUCGAGGCGAAGCGGCGCCGAGACCAACCUCGCCGAGCUCACCGAGGAAUACGGCAUCAGAGUAAAGUGCUACAAGUGUGACGUUAGCGACUAUGCCGAUGUCCAGAAGCUGGUGGGCGAUGUCGUCAAGGAUUUUGGCAAGAUCGAUGCCUUCAUCGCAAAUGCCGGUGCCACGGCAGACUCGGGCGUCCUGGACGGCUCCAAGGACGACUGGGACCGAGUCAUCCACACCGACCUGAACGGCACGGCGUACUGCGCCAAGGCGGUCGGCGCUCAUUUCAAGGAGCGCGGCUGUGGCUCGUUCGUCAUCACCUCGUCCAUCUCGGGGCACAUCGCCAACUACCCCCAGGAGCAGACGUCGUACAAUGUUGCCAAAGCGGGCUGCAUCCACCUCGCGCGCUCGCUGGCCAAUGAGUGGCGCGGCUUUGCCCGAGUCAACAGCAUCUCGCCGGGCUACAUCGACACGGGCCUUUCCGACUUCGUCGACAAGGAGACGCAGCAUCUCUGGCACACCAUGAUUCCGUUGGGGCGCGACGGCCAGGCCAAGGAGCUGAAGGGCGCCUACGUUUACCUCGUCAGCGACGCCAGCAGCUACACGACUGGCGCCGAUAUGGUCAUUGAUGGUGGCUACACUUGCCGUUGA